AUGAAGGCACGACUGCUCCCACUGGCACCUCUGCGGAGAGUAGCCUGCUCCCUGUCCAACCACUCCCCUGUCUUCGCCGCCUCCACGAGCAUUCGAUUUGCCAGCGGCAUAUCGCAACGACCUGGAUCGAACCAUGUCUCCUUCCCUGGCGCAGUGAAGAGUGCCUUUACUAGCGAUCUCAAGUUCGCCUUGCCUUCCGACUACCCUGCGCUGCCGACAUACCGAGUGGUUGAUCAAGAUGGCAGCAUUGUUGACCAAGCCUUCAAGCCUGAUCUCAGCGAGGAAGAGGUGGUCAAGCUAUACAGGAACAUGUUGAUGAUCUCGAUCAUGGACCUCAUCAUGUUCGAUGCGCAGCGACAAGGUCGACUCAGCUUCUACAUGGUAUCUGCGGGCGAGGAGGCCCUCAGCGUGGGGUCCGCCUCUGCGCUGGACCAGCAGGACGUCAUAUUCUGCCAGUAUCGCGAGCAAGGCGUGUUUGCGCAGCGUGGUUUCACAUUGAACGACUUCAUGAACCAACUGUUUGCCAACAACAAAGACACGGGUAAAGGGAGAAACAUGCCGGUCCACUAUGGAAGCAAGGAGCUGAAUAUUCACACUGUUUCCUCGCCAUUAGCAACACAGAUACCGCAGGCUUCCGGUGCUGCGUACGGAUUGAAGAUGCAGCGCAUCAACGACCCUUCCAUCCCACCUCGUGUUGUCGCUGUGUACUUUGGCGAAGGUGCUGCAAGCGAGGGCGACUUUCAUGCGGCGCUGAACAUCGCUGCAACUAGGUCAUGCCCAGUCAUCUUCAUAUGUCGCAACAACGGAUAUGCGAUCUCAACACCCACAUUGGAACAGUACAGGGGCGAUGGCAUUGCCAGCCGGGCCAUAGGAUACGGCAUUGACACAGUGAGAGUAGACGGCAACGAUAUCUGGGCAGUAAGAGAGGUCACGAAGAAGGCGAGAGAAACGGCUCUGCAAGAUGGAGGCAAGCCGGUUCUGAUCGAGGCGAUGAGCUACCGCGUCAGUCACCACAGCACAUCUGACGACUCGUUCGCCUACCGCGCCCGCGUCGAGGUCGAGGACUGGAAGCGGCGCGACAACCCCAUCUCCCGACUGCGGAAGUACAUGGAGGCCAAGGGCUUCUGGGACGAGACCAAGGAGAAGGAAGCGCGAGCAAGCCUGAGGCGAGAUGUGUUGAAGGCGUUCUCGGAGGCAGAAAGGGAGAAGAAGCCGCCGAUCCGCGCCAUGUUCGAGGAUAUCUACGAAGAGCUGACGCCUGACUUGAAGGCGCAGAUGAGAGAGCUGAGUGCCCAUUUGGAGAAGUAUCCUGACGAAUACGACCUAGGCGAGUUCGAGGGAGGGAAGAGUAGCCUCGACAAGUAG